UAUGAAUAAAAAAAAUAAGAACUCAAAAAAAGAAUCCAUUUCAUAAACUAUUGAUAAAUAAUCAAAAGUCAAAUCAUUAGCAGAGUUGGAGAUUACAUAAAAAUUAGUAUUCUUAAGAAAAAUAUUAUGGACUUGGUUGAUCUGGCAAAGUGUUAUUGUACUAAGUUGCUUUUUGAUAUAUUCUAAACUUCCUUUUUUGUCAUCUGUAUAAAGGUUGAUUGAUUCAGAUUUAUUAUUGAUGUUUUUUCUAUGUUUAACUGUAAUUUUACUAUAUUUUGGAUCUAGUAAUAUUAAAUAAAAAGAAGUAUUAUAUUGAUAUAUAAAUACUAGCAAAAAACAUCAUAAUUAUAUUUGAUAUCAGUUAUAAUAACUUAAACCUUAUUAUAUUCAUUGAUUACUAAUAAAUUAGUAGAAAACUCAAUAAAUUUCUUAUUGAUUCAUUGUAUGUAGCUAAUUGUUAUUGCUAAUUUAAUUCUAUAUUUUAGAAAUGCUAUUGAAAUCAACCAUUUGAUUUAUUUCAAAUAAAUGUUUUGGUAUUCUGGAUUCUUAAUAGCAGCAGAAUUCUUUUUUACUAAAUCUACAUCAAUAAACACAAUACCAGGAAUGAUUGUAAUAGGAAGUAUAUUAGGAUUUGGAACAUUUGCUUUAAGAUCAAUUGAAACUUUAAUUGAUGGCAAAGUAAUAAUAAAUUAUGAUUAUUAAUAGUUUAAUCUAAACCAGGAAUAAACAUCUUUGGGUUCUCUUCUGGCUUAUACAAAUUUAUUAUUACCAUAUAGAAAAAGUGAAUGAA